AUGGGCUCUCUAAUGGACGAUAGUGUCCUCUACAGGAACUUGAGCUCCAUCAAGAUCGGACAAGUUGAACGAUACAUUAUAACUUACAAACCACCAGAAAAGUCUCUAUUUUCACAUGAUGGGACGCUCGCAAUAAACUCCUUGGAUCAAUCGUCUUUGUUUGUUAAAGUAAAAAAUUGUGAAUCCAUCACCAAGAGAGCUGCUUAUCUUAUGGGCCCUUAUAUUUUGUACGUGGAUGCUAGACCCUAUGAAUAUGAGCAUAAAUACCCUUGUUACAUAUCAGCGGAUCAACCGAAAUUUGAUCCGAAUCUUCAGGCAAACCAAUCAUUUGUGGCGGAGCUUUCUCGCCAUACUAUUAAAGAGAAGUACGUUUGGAUUAUUGACAUUGCUUCACAGAUGCUUUUCUCAUCCACGACAGCUGUUAAUUUUGAAAUUGUUGUCGGCAAAACUGUCGAGGCAGUAAAUAGUAGUAUAAAGAAUAAUGAAACUGGUAUAUUUGACUCGAAGAAUAUUCACGUUUUAAGGAUGGAUACAAAAGACUUGUGGAGCCUACCUCCUCCAAUUCCAAAUAAGCCAGUCCACUUAACGUUAUUAACCCACGGAUUGCACUCAAAUGUGGGAGCAGAUAUGUUAUAUCUCAAGGAACAAAUUGAAAAAGCAGCUGUAAUAUCGGGAGAUAAUGUCAUUGUCAGAGGAUAUGAUAGAAAUGUAUGCAAAACAGAACGUGGGAUUAAAUAUUUGGGCAUGAAGGUUGCGGAGUAUAUCAUUAAUGAAGUUUACGCAGAGAAUAUUACACACAUAUCAUUUAUCGGGCAUUCUUUGGGUGGGUUGAUCCAAACAUUUGCUAUUGCUUAUAUUGAAAGCAAUUUUCCUUGGUUCUUUAAAAAAGUAACGCCAGUGAAUUUCAUUACAUUGGCAUCACCUUUACUAGGAAUCUCACACAUUGAUAGUCCGGGAUACGUCCAAGCAGCUUUGACCUUAGGAGCGGUUGGAAGAACUGGGCAGGAACUUAGCUUAUUCCCAACUGAAAUAGAUGGUAAGAAAGCCUUAUUGGAACUCUUGCCAACAGGUAUCACUCACAAAGUUUUGAAGAAGUUUAAAAAUAGAACUGUUUAUGCAAAUGCGGUGAAUGAUGGUAUUGUACCUUUGAGGACAUCUGCAAUCUUGUUCCUCGAUUAUAGAGGCUUGAGGGAAGUGGCAGAGCUUUUAAGCUCUGGAAAAACAUCAGACUCUUUUUUGGACAUGGUAAGUAAGUCUCGCCAACUGUCAUUAUCGUUUAUUUCCCCCUUUGCAGGCAUAGGAGGACAAACAUCAAAAAGAGUUUAUAAUAUCCCUGAGUUUAUGAAUUCCAUGCCCUUUGUGUACUCUAGCAACCCAGUGAUCUCAGUGACGAACGAAAGUGUUGAUGCCAAGCCAAAUAACACCAUAAUCACUGAGCAUAAGGUCUCAGAUACUUUGAAACAUACGCAGGAACUACAGGAAGUAUCCCCUAAAAUUAAUAAUCAUGCUGUCACAAAUGAAAUGUCCAAAUCAUCAUUGCUGGCACCACGCCCUGCAAUGCCUGAUAGAAAAUUAUCGGAGCAAGCAAUAGGUGAAAUCCCAAAUCGAAACGAUUUAUUAUCCCAGAAAGCAGAAUCAAGUUCUUUUUUCAGUCCUUUACAGAAUGCGUUUGCCUCGUGGGUUGCUCCUCAAGGAACUAAUGCUAACAAUGAUCUUAAGAAAAAAUUCUUGAAUAGUACUGAUAACCCCUUACCAAAAGCGUCUAUUAUUGAUAGUGCGAAAAGUAUUUUAUUGCCGCCAUUGCCUCCAAAGCAAUUCAUUAUUGAACCAAAUGCUCGAAAAAACCCUUUAAUACAUGAUAAAGUAUACGGUGAUAAUGAUAUCUGCGAGUUCAAAAUGAAUAGAAGGAAGGAUCAGGAAAAAAAGUUUAAACAUAAUGGCAUUCGAAAACAGGGUAAAGAACCUUCCGACAGUUUAGAAGAGUUAGAAAAUAUUAAUGAUGAGAGCAAGGAUUUUGCUUUAAAUCCUUUUGCUGAUAAUUUUUCAAAUUUUUUUGCAAGUAAAUCUAAUAUUGAAAGACUUGAAGAAAAAAUAGCAAUGAAGUGGCAUGAUGGGAUGAGCUGGAGGAAGGUGUUAGUCAAUAUCAAUCCUGAUGCUCAUAAUAAUAUUCUUGUUAGGCGAAGAUUUGCUAACGCUUUUGGUUGGUUGGUCAUUGAUCAUCUUGUUGAUGAACAUUUUGGGGAAAAUAUUCAUGCUGGUGAGUCAAUAGCAACUAAAACUGCACUGGACAAUGAACUGGAUGAUCUCAGUUCCUUACUAGAAAAACAGGCUGAUGAGGAUUUUAUCAGUGAACCUUUUAAUCAUGUUAAUUCUAAUCCUUUUUCCAUCUCACAUCUAUCUAGUGAAAGUAUAUUGGAUAUUAAGGAGACCAGUAGUGAAAGCAAAUUAACAAUUCCCAAGUCUCUGCAUUUAAAAAAAUCUCCUAAGGCUUUCAAUGAGGCUUUCAGUAAUAAUAGUGGUGAUAGUUCUGCUCAAGAGCUAGAUUGCUUACUUGGAAAGGAUCUGCUUAUCAGAGAGAAUGCAAGCUAUAACUAUACCCCGUAUCUCAAUCCAUAUUACCUUGAAAAAAGUCCGGUCACUCAACGAUACUCAGAAUCUGGGAAACAUUCUAGAAAAAAUAGUGAUAUAAAUGCUGGUGACUGGAUCAAUACUAAAAAUUAUAAUGAAGAUUCUCUAUUUGAAGGGGGUCCAACAGGGUUUUUAUCCAACGUCAACGAUAAAAUUUCCAAAAUAAUUUAG